CUUCAUUCGGCGUCGCAAUGACAGCGCCUUGGAGUUGUAGGUAAAACACCUUUCAGUGAUGCCAGAAACAAAGAGAAUGCCAAAACAGCAUGUUUGUGGAACGUAUUUCUCUAGCUGAGCGUGGCGCCACGAUUGUACAUUGAGAUUCAACACCCUCUCAGCUCCUCUGCUGCAGCAUGGCCAUGGCGGUACGGCCAGACCAACAUCCAGGGGACAUCGAGUCCGGACCAUUACCCUCUUGGUCCUUCGAAUGAUUGCAUUUCAUGUUCUAUCGCAAAAAAGGUCUCCCUUCAUUCCUGAACGCCGAUCCCUUGGUCUGAUAUGCCACACUUUCCCGCCAUCGUCUGUGCAGCGCGGUCGGCUUGGACAACAUCUCUGGAAUGCUACAUUCUGAUCAGGUUGUUUUGUUUUCGCGUCGUGGCUCCUGGGGUUCUAAUAAGCUAAUCAUGUCUGCAAUUCUACUUACAUUUCAUCGGAACAGUCACUCGUUUGGUUUGGAGUUCUGCGGUCCUCAUUCUACUGUUUUUGUUUCCAGCAAAACCACAACUUGCCCAACAUGUGGUGGGCUCCCACACUCCUUUUGCCAUACUUUGCCCUGUAUUUUGCAGUGGCCUCCGCUCAAGCUUUAUCUACAGUCACUUACGGACCCGGUGGACCAUGUCCUGUACCGUCGAUCACCAGUGUCGUUGUCGUGCAGCCGGCCGUUUACAGCUCGUUCAUCCAAUCCGCGUCACAAAUUUACAACAUCUUUGGUGAUGGCAAUACUAUCAUGAUCAACAAUGCCCCGACGACGUACAUUACAACUUCAUAUAUCUCGACCACUAUAGUGACGACUAUUACGACGUCCACAGUCAAUCCUACAGACACUAGCAGCUCUUCAACAUCCUCCACCAGCAGUAUGAUGGCCGGGUCCAGCACAAGUGCUUCUCCAGGGUCCUUUUCAUCUGGCGUCUCGAGCACCCUGUCUACAACCAUGCAGAGUACUUCUGGAACUCCCGCUUCAACAACCACGCAACAAACCUUUCCCCCGGUGGCUCCUCCACCAGCGACAACGACCAUUCCACCCGUGCUGACAAUUGUUACCACAGACGCCAAUGGAAACACCGUCACUGUCACAGAAACUCAACCAGACCUAACUCUAGGUCAGGGCUUACCGACCGGGACUCUAACCGACAUUCCUGCAACAUCACCGGUAAUGCUUGGGUUUACGUUCGGCGGAGGUGGGGCGAAGGUCAAGAGAGAUGCGUACGAGGAAGAAUGGGAGUAUGGAAUAGUCGGGAUGCAGUAUCAAAAAGAGAAGCGACAGGACGACUCAGUCCUGCCUUCUGCACCACCUCAGGGACUGCUCCAGGGCAAGGACGGAGAAGCAGGCAACAACUGCGGAUUUGCUACUCGAUAUUUCCUAUCGGCUGGUCGACUCUUGGCUGGAAACGAAUCUGUUGGACGUAACUCCAGCGACAUCUUUGUGGCAAUGUCGCCGGAAUCAUAUCCCAACGACGUCAAUACCACUCUGUUCUUCGAGAAUGGUAUCCUGGGAUGGAAUUCGACUGAUAAAGGGCCAGCAACAUUCUAUCAAUGUAGUGAUGGACACAUAUAUGCAGGCUUCCCCGACCCUGCCUUGCCAAACUGCUAUCCAAUCAUCAUUGGAGGCAUAGCCGCUGCGGCCUGUCCUGUAGACUAUACGAACAAAGCUGUUGCACCUCCGGACGAUGGGUCAUCAACAACGACAAUGAUGACUUCUACUACCUCGACCGAGGAGACAGAGACAACGACGACCACCACAACCACCACCACGCCGAUGGAACCUCCAGAUUCUACGACGACAACUGUCUCAAGCGCGGCAACAGACAUCAGCACCUCCGAAGUAUCAUCGAUAACCCAAGAGAGCACUACUGAUUCGACGACAGCUGCGCCGACUGACUCGAAUACUCCAGUCCAGACAAGUCAAACAACUGAAGCGCCGCCGCCGUCGAGUGUCCCAACGUCUGGAGUCAGUACUCCAGUAGCAAGCAGUACGACCGCAGUAGUACCUCCUCCCGUCUCAAGUACAUCGGCAGCCACCCCUGCAGCAAGCAGCACAACAAUUGCAGUGCCUCCCUCUGCCUCGAGUACAACCCCGGUAAUGCCAGCAUCAAGCACUACGUCACCACCCGUGGUCAUGCCUACCACAACCACGGCACAACGCAGCAGCACCAGCAGCACCAGCAGUCCAGCAGCGAGCUCCAGUGGCAGCGUGAGCGUAGUGGUUAGUUCGACAGGACCGAUAGUCGCUACCAGUACAGGUCAAACGUCUGGAAGCCAAACUAGCCCUGCGGUUUCCGCAACUGGAACGAGCAGUGGACCUGCUGGUGGACCAAGCACUACUUCGGUGGUUGGCCAGAGUACAAGCACGACUCCUGGUACCGUGAGCGGUACUUCAGCAGGUAUAGUGUCCUCCUCUCCCUCAUCCACUCUUUCCCCUUUCACAAGCACCACAUCCUCGCCUGUUGGCAGCAGUGUACCGUCGGGAACGACGUCUUCGCUCCCUGCAGCUUCAACUUCUGUACCAGGACCAAGCACGAACUCGCCAGCAUCUACAGGAUCCAGCAUUGCACAAACGUCGUCGUCCGUGCCUGCACCGCCUCCCACGACCACGACUUCCGUUCCAGGAGCUGUAACUACGCAGAGUCCGCCAGCGGGAACAACACAAAGUGUGACGCAGCCACAAUUCACCUCUCAAUCUGGCAGUUCGUCGGUGGCGGCAGGUACAAGCUCCGGUACGUCUAAUACAAUUACAUACACAAGCUCCUCCAGUGCACCCCCAGCACAGUCAACAUCGUUGUCGUCCUCAAAUGGCGCUGUAUCGACCAGCGCAUCUAAUUCUCCCACUACCACAGUGGGAGCGACAUCUUCGACUACUUUGGCACCACCUGGCACAAGUUCGAUCAGUUCGAGCUCGUCUCCGCCUUCUACCACCACAAGCUCACUUGUCGUAACUUCUGGCUCGACCACGACUGUGAUUAAUCCUCUUUCUAGCACGUCUAGCAGCACGACAAACCCAGGGGUCACUAGCUCAACAGCUGCGAGCACAUCGGUCACUGCGGCCACGUCAACGUCGACUUCCACAGUCCUGACUACAUCGGUUCAAGCGCCCACUUCCACGAGUACCACCGUACCGUCGCCCCCGACCACAACUAGUGCAAUUAGCACGUCUACGGUCAGUACGACAGGUACAUCAACGGCAGCUGUAACUACAGGUACGUCAACGUCAGUGGGAAGUUCAACGACUCCAAUCACAAGUCCAAGUACGUCAACCUCGUCUACCAGUCCUACUUCUGUGGUCACAAGCACAAGUACCUCAACAACGUUGCCAAUUACGAGCUCAAGUACAUCUGCUUCUCCUGUAACAAGCUCAAGUACGUCGUCGACGUCUCCUGUAACCAGUUCAAGCACUUCGGUCAGCACGAGUACAACUACAUCAACUUCUCCUGUGACAGCCUCAAGUUCGUCAACAACGUCGCCGAGUACGAGUUCAAGUACAUCGACUUCUCUUGUAACCACCUCAAGUACGUCGACGACAUCGCCUACAAGCACAACUUCGAUAAGCACGAGUUCAAGUUUGUCGACUUCUGCAGUAACAAGCUCAAGCACUUCGACGUCGUCAACUACUGCGACUUCUACGUUCACGAGCUCGAGCGCAUCGACUCCUGCAAUUUCGACUUCGACUACAUCAACUACCUCUGGACCAAAUACGAGCAGCUCGACGAGCACGACUUCCACAGUUACAAGUUCAAGUACGUCGACUUCCACUACUGUGACACCGUCAAGCACCUCGACGUCAACUAGCACAACUACGAGCUCAGGUACGUCAACAUCAUCCAGCACAGCUUCCACGAUUUCGACCUCAAGUUCGUCAACGUCAAUCAGCACUACUACAGUUACGAGCUCAAGCACCUCGACCUCUACAGUCACAGUCUCAAGUACGACGACUUCUACAUUGACAAGCUCAAGUACUAUAACGUCGGCCGAUACCACUUCGUCAACCUCUUCAACUACAACUCCGAGUACGUCCACUUCUUCAAGCUCUUCUACAAGUAGCACAACGAGUAGUCCUAGUUCAACAAGCUCAACAAGUACUACAGUUUCUUCAACAACGACAUCGGUUAGCUCGUCGAGCACUUCGAGUACGUCUACAAGUACAAGCACUAGUUCCACAUCGAGCAGUACUACAACUCCAACGAGUUCUAGUACAAGCUCAACAAGCACAUCUUCGAGUACAAGUCCAACGAGUUCCAGCUCAACAAGUACAAGUCCAACGAGUUCUAUAUCAAGUACCAGUACAACCUCAACAAGCACAACUUCGAGCAUAAGUACAACGAGCACAAGCUCAACGAGUACAAGUACCUCAAGUGCAAGUUCUAGUACGACUUCGAGCACCACCUCAAGUACCACUUCUACCAGUUCCACAACAAGUAGUGCCACGACGACAACGACGAUAACUUCCCCCACCACUACCACGACGUCAUCUGUUUCUUCUACCAGUUCAUCUUCUUCUAGUAGUAUCACUACAUCGCUAACAACUACUUCUACAGCUUCUAGUACGACUACGACGAGCACGACAAUCACUACAACGACGACCAGUACCACAACCUCGACGACCACAACGACCACGGGAGGAUCAACGACCACGACCACGACGACAACAUCGACGACCACCAGCCCGACGACAACUACUACAACAUCUUCAACGACGUCAACGACCACCACGGCUACUUCUGUCUAUAUAACUCCACCCAACUACAGUUCGCUGGCAUCAACAUACUAUCUUGCCUCCGCAGCAAGCUCAGCUGCGUCUGGGACACUAUGCGCGAGUGCAAAUGUCGGAUCCACGAUACCGACGUAUCCUAUUCGAGCUGGAGCAUACAACUACAGAAAGGUCGCGCUAUCAAGCAACCCCGCCGUUGUCUACGAAAUCGCCUGUUUCAUGUCGCCUUUUGCUGGUACCACCACUUCAGCCGUAAACAACGUCAAUUCCCUCGAGUACUGCAUGGAUCUUUGCACGACAGCCAACGCCAACACGCCAGGCAGUUGCACAAUUGUCCAGUGGGAAACAAACAACAACAACAAAUGCACGCUAUACACUUCGCAAGCGUCUUGUAACAGUGGCGUGGCAGGCAACAGUUGUUUCCCAAACAAUGUGGUUCUCAAUGGUGUUCGGUCUGCGAGACUGCUCACGCCGACUGCUCCAAACGUCACCGACGCCACGUUCAUGCAAGCGCCAAGCAGCCUGUACAAUCUGGACCUCUGUGGUGGAGGGAGCCUCAACUACUACGACAGAGCAUUCAUCGGCCAUGUUCACUCGGACAAUACAUUCCGGAUUGGCCUCGCGGAUAUUUGGUUGUUGACCUGCCUGGGCUACUCAUACUACACUGUUGGUGGCGUAACAAGCUCGAGCCUGCUCAACACUGCGACCGUUGCGGCGGGAUUGAACAUGGGGGUGCCCAACACGGCCGACGACUGCAUGCGACUCUGCGCCUUUUACAAUGACCACAACGGUGACAACGGCUGCCGCAUGUGGCAUUUCAUGAAUGACAAUACCUGCAACAUGUACAGCAGUCGUGGCAAUAUUCCCACCGGCUCGAACCCGACCAUGGUCAGCGCCAGCAUCGUCGCGGCAGGCCUUUACCGCGGCGGCACCGGCAACAUGUACCCGGCACUCAGCUACAAGCGCUCGUUGCCGCCCAGCGAAGGCUACGGUCGCCACCACGCAAGAGACACGCUGGCCGAGGUCGACGGGAUCGUGGCCGAAUACAUCAUCCCAUUCCGCAAGCCCCUUGGUGUCGCUAAGCGAGUCAAGAAUUGAUGAGUCCAGCCGACUGGUUCGUGAGGGUGGGUGGUGGAGGAGUUUUGAAGUUGACGCGCAAGAACUAGAUACGGGUCCACGACGACGAGGAUGGGCAGGAAAACGCAUGGGCUUUUCAGGGUCGUUUCAUUUUUUUUUCUUGUUUCUGUAUUCGGCGCUCUCGCUUCUGAACCGGUUCGAUCAAAAUAGGUGAAACACCAAAAAAAAGCACCUAUGGCUCUUGGAAUAGGAAUCGAUCGGAAGUUCUGUAGAGGUCUAAUUCAUUCUUGGAUUUUGACCGCAGAUUUUAUCAAAUUCUAUUGUUCCCCAGUGCUUGUGAUUCCUUACAUGACUCGCCACA